UUUCGCUCUGUGCCGGAAUUUAAAGAGUUACCCAAACUGUCUCCACAGAAAGGCUUUGCAACAAUUGUCAUUAUUCUUUAACUCCUCAAAGAAUAUUAGCAAUUGCAGAGCUGCUAAAAAGCUGCUGUAGAAGGAUCAGCCAUGCUUGGAGGCGUCCCUACAGAGUUGUUGGUCACGGUAGCUCUACUCCUAACCCAGACAGGGUUUGAGUGCAGAGCUGAACAUGACUUUUCUUUAGUAACUUUACCAGAGAUGAGGGCAUCUUCAGACUACAUUACACAAUGCUACAGGCAUCUGAAUCAGACUUGUGACUGGAUGGAGACCCAAAAAACAGGUCCAAAGGAUGCAACAAUUGCUGUGUUAAAGAGUCCCCCCCUGGAGAUCGCAGCCGAAGCAUGUUUAGAGUUCUGGUACCUCGCCCCAGCUUCAUCUAAUGGGUCUGAACUCCGUGCUCUACUAAACAGUAGCAUUGGUCAAAUGGAAAUCUGGGCCUCUCCGGCUGUCCCCAGAGAUGCAUGGAGACAAGUGUUUGUGCCCCUGACUAUCACCGAACCAGGAAUUUGGGUUGGAUUUGAAGCUCUCCAACCUGAAAACCAGAUAACAUUAAAGCAGAUAGGUGUAAGAAAAGGUUCCUGUGAAUUCCAGUGUGACACAAACACAGAUUUCUGGACAGAUCCCUCUACUCGCUGCCUCUGUGCUGAUGGCCAGCUCUUCUGCUUUCCCUCUCGGUGCCCUUUGGGACAAAUCUGUGGUCCUCAAACGAGCGACUCAACCUCAGGGAUGUGCACAAUACACAGUCACUCAGACUGCAGCACCUUUGAUGGAGUGUUGUUCCACUUCAUGGGCUCCUGCACUUACGUGCUGGCUAAGACUUGCUCACCUGACGAAACCCUGCCAAAGUUCAGCGUGGAAGUGGUAAACGAGAAGCUCGGCAACGCAUCUCUGCCAACUGUACAGCAAAUCAUUGUGAAUUUGGGGGAAUUGAGGGUUUCUCUGCUAAAAAGACAGACACGCCAAGUUGUGGUUAAUGGUGUCUGGAAGAAGCUCCCACUCGACCUUAGGAAUGGCACCAUAAACAUCAAGAGCAACCCUGCUGCUACCAUAGUGAAAACAAGUUUUGGUCUGUUUGUUUCAUAUGACAGUGCAGGAGCCGUUCAUGUGAGCGUCCCAUCCAGCUACUCUCAGAAAGUAUGUGGCAUGUGUGGCAAUUUUAACCACCUGCCUGAAGACGACUUCCUUUUGCCAAAUGGUACAAAUGCAGAAAAUGCUACCAUUUUGGCUGAAAACUGGCAGACUGGGGAAACCCCCUCUUCCUGUGAAGCCAUUGUGAUGCCUCAUCAGUGUGACCCACAUGAAGAGGCCAAGUACACCAGUAAACAAUACUGCGGAGGCCUCCUAUCUAGAACUGGGCCGUUUGCUGACUGCUUAUCAAUUGUUGGGGCCGAAAGCUACUUCAGAGCCUGUUUGGCUGACAUGUGUUCCUCCCAUGGUGAUCUAUCAGUCCUGUGUGAGACUUUACACUUCUAUGCAAGUGUCUGCCAAGAGGCUGGAGUUGCUCUUCCAGAAUGGAGGAACUCGACAUCAUGCCCCCUUCAGUGUGGCAAAAACAGCCACUAUAAUGCGUGUGCUGAAGGCUGCCCCGAGGUAUGCUCUAGUCUUGAUAUUGUCGCAUCCUGUGGAAGCUGUGAGGAAAGAUGCGAGUGUGACUCUGGCUUCAAGCUCAGUGGGCAUAAGUGUGUCCCAGCAGAGAGCUGUGGAUGCUGGUAUAAUGGAAAACACUAUGAGAAAGGAGACUCCCUGGUGGAGGGGGACUGUGUGCAGCAGUGUCAGUGUAUGGGUAACGAUGUCAUGCAAUGCACUGCAAUGAGAUGUGCAGAUAAUGAGGUCUGUAAAGGGAAGGAUGGCGUGAAAGGCUGCUUCCUUUUUGAACCUGCAACCUGCAGUGUCUAUGGAGAUCCACACUACAUCACCUUUGACAAGUUUGCCUAUGACUUUCAAGGGGGCUGCAGUUACACAUUGACAACAACAUGCGGUGGAGAAAGCCCUGUCCAGUUCAGUGUAAUUGGUCACAACAUGCAUCCUCUGCUUCAAAAUGCCACAAGGUCUAAACUUGCCGCUGUGACACUGCAGGUCAACGACCUGCAUCUCACAUUGAAUCAGAGUGGUGAACACUACGUGCAUAAUGGCUAUAUAGAGCUUCCCUAUUUAACAAAUGGCACAUAUGGCGCAGUGCAGAUCUACAUGAGGAACGGUUACAUUAUUUUGGAGACAACCUUUGGCUUAAACAUGAGGAUAGAUGGUCAGAGUAGAUUGUUUUUGCAAGUGGAUGAGCGUUAUAAAUAUGAACUCUGUGGACUGUGUGGAACUUAUUCUGGGUACCAAGACGAUGACUUCAUAAUGCCAGGAGGUCAGCAUGCUGCUGGACCAUCAGAGUUUGGUGACAGUUGGAGAGUGGACAAUGACACACAGUGUAUAGCCCAUCCAAAAGACCCCAGACAAUGUAGUGAUGACAAGACUGAGGCAAACAAAGAGUGUUCCACGGUGUUCCAAGAUGCUUUCAUGGCCUGCCAUGAACGCGUUCAUCCAAGUAUCUACUUCAGCAGUUGUGUAUAUGACUAUUGUGCCACGAGUGGUGACAUUCACACACUGUGUGACUCUCUGAAGUCUUAUGCAGCAGCAUGUCAGUUUGUAGGGGUGGAAGUUAAUAACUGGCAGCCUGGUACAGUUUGUGCUGAAUUGACUUCAACUCCCACAGCCCCAGAACCUACCUCUCCAACUCCAGAUCAAACUUCCUGCCCCAUGAACUGCAAUUUUGAAAAUAGUCUUUGUGGUUGGGAGCAGCUCAUUCAGGACAGUUUUGACUGGACAAGGCACUCUGGAAGCACACCAACAAAUAUAACAGGGCCAAACCAAGACCACACUAGUGGAGCUGGGUUCUACAUGUACCUUGAGGCAGACGAUGUAGCCCAUGGAGAUUCUGCUCGUUUGUUGAGCUCAGAAUGCCGAUAUGACGGCCCACUCUGCCUGCACUUCUGGUACUAUAUGUAUGGCUCAGCCACAGGCAUGGCUCUCAAUAUAUACCUGCUCAAAGACAAUAGAGCAACCAAGCUUUGGUCUGUGAUAAACGACAGAGGACCACAAUGGCGUCCAGGAAGUGUUGACGUCAAAGUCCCUGGGCCCUUUCAAAUCAUAGUAGAGGGCAUUCGAGGCUCAACUGCUUUGUCAGAUGUGGCUAUAGAUGAUAUUUAUAUCCGUUUUGGUUCAUGUCCAGAUGACUAUCCCAGUGUAAUUGAUGGAAGAACAACGAUUCCUUUCACAACUGCACUCCCUUCACACUCUGCCUGCAAUCUUGACUGUACUUUUGACGGCAGCCUGUGUAACUGGAGUCAGACAGCCACUGAUGCUUUUGACUGGUCAUGGAACAGUGGUUCUACUCCCACCCUUAUGACUGGCCCCUCUGGUGACCAUACUGGUGAUGGCCAUUAUGUUUACAUAGAGGCCAGUAAUGUGACUCAUGGCGACACAGCUCGUCUCGUCAGUUCAGAGUGUUCUGACACCGGUCCUCAGUGUCUGACGUUCUGGUACCACAUGUAUGGUACGGCUGACACAAUGGGCCUACAUGUCUACCUCCUCCACAACAAUUUAGCAAAUGCUAUCUGGUGGAAGAGAAAUAACCAAGGCAAUAUGUGGCAUCUGGCUCAGGUGGAAUUCAACUCAACUGGAGCAUUUCAGAUCAUCUUUGAGGGACGCAGAGGAUCCAGUGAUCAAUCAGAUGUGGCAGUUGAUGAUGUAAAGCUAGACAGAGGACAUUGCUCGGAUCAGAGUUCUGGAACAGCCAUUCCUGAUAAGCCUGAUCUGAAUACCACAGCUCCCCCUAGUGUUGCUAUGCCUACUACUGCAACUCCAGAGCAGCCUCUGCAGAAUUUUACAACCAUGGCUACUGUGACGCUGUCUCCCACAGAAGCAACUACUGACUUCAUCAAUAAUCACAAUGUUACUGAUGUUCCACGCCCAGUAUGCCAACUCAACUGUGACUUCGAGCAAGAUGCAUGUCAGUGGAGAGAAAUGCUAACUGAUGCAUUUGACUGGAAGAGGCAUGCUGGUUCAACUCCCACACUGAGUACUGGUCCUUCCUCAGAUCACACAAAAGGAGGUGGUCACUACCUAUACAUAGAAGCAAACAGUGCGUCACUUGGAGACACUGCUCGUAUUAUCAGCCCAGAGUGUUCCGACUCCGGUCCACAAUGUCUGCAGUUCUGGUACCACAUGUUUGGCUCUGCUGAAACGAUGGGUCUCCAGAUAUACUUGCUUCAGGACAAAAAGGCAAAAGAAAUUUGGAGGAAGAGGAAUGACCAAGGGAAUGUGUGGCACCUUGCUCGAGUGGACUUGGUAUCAGCUGGACCAUUCCAGAUAAUAAUUGAGGGUCGGAGAGGAUCCAAUGAUCAGUCUGAUGUGGCUAUAGAUGAUGUAUCUCUUCACCGUGGGAUUUGCUCAGACCUACCUAAACCAGCAACUACAACCUCAAGUCAGUUUCCAACAUCAGGUUCUGAACCUCCUCUACUGAACAGUUCAGUUACCACCAUACCACAGGCGUCGAUGAUUCCUACGCUUGCAACAGUGGCCACCGCAGUUUCAACAGACUGCGUUACAGAACCUCACACAAAACCAGUCUCAUCAGAAAUCCCAAGUACUCCAGAACAAGAAGGAACUGAAAACUUCAGUGACUGCACCAUCAAAGGAGAACCUCAGUACAAAACAUUUGACAAAAUGAAGCAUAACUUUGAGGGGAAACUCUCCUAUGUGCUGGUCAGGACCAAAAACCUGCCGGGUAAUCUGCCAGAUCUCUAUAUUGAAAUUUUUAAUACAUGCACUGAGGAAAAUGAUGAUCAAAAUAGUGACAGCAGUGAAGAAGAUGAUGACGACGAGAGCAAAGAGCUUAGUGAAAAGAGACUGCAAGAGAUCAAGAUAAGGGUGUACAAUCAUACUGUGGAGUUCCGAAAAAAUCGGAAGCUGCUUGUUGAUGGAAGUAAAACUCAAACUCCCAUCACACCAGCUGCUGGCCUAAACAUCCAGGAGCGCUCUUCUCACAUCUACCUGAAGACAGACUUUGGCCUCACCGUGGACUUUGAUGGACGCUGUAACGCAGAGAUCACUUUACCUCGUCUUUAUAGAAGGAAAGUGGAGGGACUAUGUGGGAACUUUGAUGGACGAAAGGCAAAUGACAAGAUGAUGCCAGAUGGCAAACUGGCAAAGAGUGUCCAAGAGUUUGGAGAAAGCUGGCAAGUGAAAUGA